CAGUGAAUUUUCAGGGACUAGAAAAUCACAGUGAGUCGUGCUAUAUUAAAUAAGUGCCUUGACCUGUGGUUACAUCUCCUUCCUGCACGGAUUUCGUCCUCAGUGACACAAAUGGGACAACUGUGCACAAGUCGCCAGUUAUGUAAUGAACUAGAGACGUCAGUGCCGGAAGGAAGGUGUGUUCACUUUCAGAGAUGCUGUGGGAUAUUUCAUUUCUCUUCCCCAUAGCUGCUUCCCCGUGUGACCUGUAGAUCUGGUUCUUCGGGAGCCAUGGACUUUGAUAGUAGGGAACUUCUGCAGCUGGAGUCUGCUAGCAUUCAUGACAUUUAAACUCUAGGUCAUCUUCAGCUGAUAUUCUCCGUCCCUUAAGAGAAUUAGUCGUGUGCCUGUUUUCAAACUGCGAGGAAGCUGACAGGUUUUCACUACACCUCACAUUUAUCUACUGCUGAGCAUCAUAGUGUCCUGUCUCUAGAAGAAGGAUUCUUCUUAAAGGAGUGAAACGAUCACUUCAAAACCGUUCAUUAGUCAACCCUAGGAGACCUUGAUAUGGGGUGGGGACAGUUGUUUGUUACAAGCUGAAAGCAUUUUUUCCUGUAAUGGGAAGAGGCUUCUUUUCUGAAUUUCUGUGAAGAUGAAACCCCAAUCGCAAGGCAGAGUGUGCCAUGCCAUGAACGCAGUGGGGGUGACCUUGGUUUCAGAUGGUGAGGGCCUCCAUGUGCAGCUAACCGUGUGACCAAGUGUCCGGGAAGACCACCCCACUGGGAGGGGUGGGGCUCAUGGGGUCUCUCUCCCUCUUGCUUCUCCCACCUCCCAGCCUCUCGAGGAGUCUUCUUUUCCCCAGGAAUUGCGUGUGUGGGGUUAUCUCUGGAUGAGGACCCUGAGUGGGAAGCAGCAGGCUUUGGGUAAAUUAAAUGGGCAGAUCACAGGACCCCUUUCCCUGUUCUUUAUACCAGCAAGCUCUCACCUGUUGUGAGAAGACGCUUCCAAGCCCUUGCCCCCCAAAGGGCGAGACCAGCAGUCUUGGCCCACCCCGUGACCUGGCCCCUCUGCCCUCCCCAGUCCUCACAGGGUCAGUUCUCAGGGUUGCUCCUGGGCUGAUGGGCAUUUUCCCUUUCUCUGGCUUUCCCGAGAGGAGAAGGCGGUAACUGUACUUCAGGGGUUCAUUUAUUCCAAAGAAAAGACAGUCUGUUCCUAGCAGAGAGGCAGUCUGGCCCCGAUUCUGAAGGUGGCCUGUGGACACCUCUCUCUGCCUCCCCCAGCCUUCAGCGAUGCGGUGUUUCCAGGUGCAGCUCCCUGAAUUAACUGAGUUCCUCCGGGAUGGGCACCUCGCCCCUGUAUCUCUGGGUCAACUGCUUGGCAUGUAGCAGGCUCCAGUAAAUGUUAUUGUUGGAUUAAAAAGAACAUGAACAAGAUAAGCUCUUAGGAAGGGUAGGUGUUGCCAAUCAACAGGGAAGUCAGAUGUGUUCUCUGGAACAAGUGAAUGUGGAUGUGCUGUAAAGGGUCGAGUUGUGGUCACAGGAGCCUGACUCCAGAGCACACAGCACCCCAGUCCCCAGAGAUGAGUGCACACAGGCAGACCCCCCAUCUCUAGGAGGUGUUGGCCCUAGACUCUCGGUACCUUCUGUCUCUUUAAGCCCUAACUUUCCAGAAUUCUGUAAUAUUCCUCACACAAAAUGAGUAGUUAAAUAUUUGCUGAAUUAAUGAAUUGAGGGUUUGUUAAAUGAAGUCAUAUUUUCGGCAUUUGUUUCUUCAGUAAAUAUUUGUGGAGCCCCAUUGUGCCUAAAACAAUGUUUAUACGAAGUUAUACACUCUGUCUUUCAGACGCCUUAACUUCUGGAAGGGAAGUCAGGUGAAUUUCCCCUCGGCCCUCACUCCCAACAGACUGGGUGCCUAAUGGGCAGGGCCUGGGUUGUUCACCUUGUCCCCAUGCCAGGCAAGAACCCGCUAAAUAAAGCGUUUGGAGGCACAUUUGGACUCAACUUUGCAAAGUUUCGGGAGGCAUGGAACGCGAGAGAAGGCAGUCAGGGCAGAUGGUCCCUUCUGGGAAAAGGCGCACAAAUGGGAAGCAGCAUAUUGAGAGGACUCGGGAGAUAACCCCAAAGUCUUGGUCAAGAUCCCUGCUGGGCUCCGGCAGGCCAGGGAGAGAGGGAAGGAAGGGAAGCCUGGGUCCAGUAGGAGGGGGUGCGAGGAGUUUCCUGGAAGAUAGGUCUGGCCUUGCAAUAAGUGAUGGUUAGCGCAUAGCUGCACCUUGGCCCCAGCUGGCCCAGGGUUUGGAGCCUGACUCCCGGGGACAUGUUGAGACAAGGAAACCGGUGAGGUCCAGGCAAGUGCUUUAGGCCCCAUCGGAGCCGGAAUCCAAGCCAGCGCUCCAGUGCCAUGGGAAGAGGGACGCAACUCCAGCAACUCAAGCAUCCCAACCUCGUCAACCUCAUUGAAGUCUUCAGGAGGAAGCGGAAGCUUCACCUGGUGUUCGAGUACUGUGACCGCACCGUUCUCCACGAGUUGGACAGAUACCAAAGAGGGGUUCCAGAACAUCUCGUGAAGAGCAUUACUUGGCAGACACUGCAAGCUGUAAAUUUUUGCCAUAAACACAAUUGCAUACAUAGAGACGUGAAACCAGAAAAUAUCCUCAUCACAAAACAGUCAGUGAUUAAGCUUUGUGACUUUGGAUUUGCUCGGCUUUUGACUGGACCAAGUGACUACUACACAGACUACGUGGCCACCAGGUGGUACCGCUCCCCGGAGCUGUUGGUGGGGGACACGCAGUACGGCCCCCCUGUAGAUGUUUGGGCAAUUGGCUGUGUCUUUGCCGAGCUGCUAGCAGGGGUGCCUUUGUGGCCAGGAAAGUCGGACGUGGAUCAGCUCUAUCUGAUUAGGAAAACCUUGGGAGACCUCAUCCCUAGGCACCAGCAGGUGUUUAGUGCGAAUCAGUACUUCAGUGGGGCGAAAAUCCCAGACCCUGAAGACAUGGAACCUCUGGAAUUAAAAUUCCCAAACAUCUCUUAUCCUGCCCUGGGGCUCUUAAAGGGCUGUCUCCACAUGAAUCCUGCUGAGAGGCUCACGUGUGAACAGCUGUUACAGCACCCAUAUUUUGACAGCAUCAGAGAAAUAGGGGAUUUGGCAAAGCAGCACGACAAACCAACAAGGAGGACCCUGAGACAGGCCCAGAAGCACCUGCCAGGGCUGCAGUGCCUGCCUCAGCUGACCACCAGUAGCAUCCUUCCCGCCCUUGGUAACAAGAAGUACCACUGUUACACCAAGAAACCGGACUAUCGAUUUCCAAACAUCUAAGGAGCUUGGAGAUGGAUGACAAAAAAGCGUUAAUCAAUGAUUUGAAAAAAUGAAACAUACAUUUGAUUGAAAUCACAACGUUGAAAAAACAUCAGGAGGAAACAGAAGUAACUAACUCGGGGCAGCCACUUGGCAGGACUGGAAGGGAAAUUCCAGAGGCAGUCUUCCAUGUGUGAUGGUGGCGUCCAGGGCAGGAAGGAAAAACUUGCCGAGAUUUUCACUUGUAUUUUUGUUGUAUCUAAGUAGCUGGCCUUAUGACCAGAAUAUAAACCGUAUCUACUGCCCAUACCUCUGGCAGAAUUAGAGAUGUAAAAAGGAUUUGUGGGGCUGGUCCCAUGACUUAGUGGUUAAGUUCAGUGUACGCUGCUUUGGAGGCCUGGGUUCUGUUCCUGGGAGUGGACGUACACCACUCAUUGACGGCCAUGCUGUGGUGGUGACCUACAUACAAAAUAGAGGAAGAUUGGCACAGAUGUUAGCUCAGGGUAAAUCUUCCUCAGCAAAAAAAAGAUUUGGGUGUCCAUUGUACCAUAUGCAACAAGUGAAAAGUCGAUUACAGAGGGGCCAGCCAGGUGGUGUAGCAGUUAAGUUUGCUCACUCUGCUUUGGCAGCCCAGGGUUUGCUGGUUCGGAUCCCAAGCGUGGACCUAUGCACUGCUUAUCAAGCCAUGCUGUGGCAGGCAUCCCACAUAUAAAAUAGAGGAAGAUGGGCACAGAUGUUAGCUCAGGGCCAGUCUUCCUCAAAAAAAAAACACUUAUAGAACCCCCGUAUUUCCCUGGGUCUGUUGCCUUGAAUCCUAUCUCCUGCCUUUUCAGAUUGCCUCAACAUCAUAUUUGAGGAGAGUUUUAGUUCUUGAAAUCAAAAUGUUUAAAAUUCCAUUCCCUGCUUGCUCUCUUGAUUUUUAUAUUUUAAAACAUUUUUGGGGAGAUUUAAGAGUUGCUCAAAAUAUUUAAAAUCAUAUGGAUUAUCAUAAAAGUGUGGUUCACAUGCUUAUAUAUUUAAUGAUGUGUUUAUAGACAUCUCUCAAUAUGCUUUGCCUUGAGUAAAGGAUGCGUCUUAGUCAUUCUGCUGGGAGACAGAUUUACCGUAACCCAUCUCCAUGGGCACAGUUGCCCUUCCCACAGAGGCACAGGCUCCAUGGCUGAUGAGGUGAUCAAGAACAAGGCCUACAGGCUUCGCAGGAACAGGCCUGUCAGCCUGAAAGUAAUUAGUACUUCAUUCUGUCCAGCUCCGCCUCCAACCUGGAGACAGAUCGACAGGCAGGACUGGCUAUAGCAAUCUGGGUUUCAGAAGACACUGCUUGUGAGCUUUCACUUGGGCCAUGAAAGACAGUAGGUUGCAAACUGAUGUUUUCCCUGAAAUAUCUUUUUACACUAUACAUAUGUAUGUAUGUAUAUAUACACACACAUGCAUAUAUAUCUACAUACACGUGUAUAUAUACCAUCCUGGCAACUGGAAGAUAGCUAAUAAUGAGAAAGUAGUCCAAAGUGAUAUUGAGGACUCCUAGCUUUGAUUUGGCCUUGAUUUUGCUCCUAUUCAGAAAGCUUCUUCAUGCCUGUUCCCUGGAUACAGGGCAACAUGGAGCUCGCAUCUCACAGAUCAGCACCAUUUUGGUUGACGUCCUGCUGCUAUUUCCUAGCAGUUCUCAGCUGCGGCUUUUGAAGUUGUAGGUUACUGUAUCUUCAAAAGGUUUCUUCUGCACCCUAUUUACUGCUAUGUUGAUUUUCUUCAUGAGAACAUUUGACCCUGUUCACUCACUGCUAAGUAAUCCACCAAAUGCUGGCGUCCGUUCAAGAACUCUGGCUCCCCCAGCCUGUUCAGUGGUUUCCUAAGGCCCCCUGAUGUCGGUAGCUCCUUGCAUGGAGCUGAUAGUGGAUUCAGUACGAGUCCCAGGAUUAUCUUAUUCUUGUUACACAGCCUUGAUUCAGAUGACAGGGAAGGACAUCCAACUUCUGUGAGUAGUUUAUAGUUUUUGGGUUUUUUUCCUUAACCCAAAACAAUGCACUUGACGAGGCAGAUGACUACAACUGCCUAACUCAUCUAGUAGUUUUACUGAAAACCACGCAGAAUAGAAAAGGAGCUCCAGACUAAACUGUGGUGAACCGUUUGCCUCACCACCCAGUAAUCAAACCUGAGGGAGAAGUGUUCAUCUCUUUUCUCUCGAGUUCUACUAAAUGUAUGCCUAUGCUUAAUUUCAGCGUAUCUGUAAUCCUUUCUGCAGCAUGGAAUCAUCAGUUUCAUGAAGACUGUUCUACAUCCUUGUCUUUUUUUUUUUUUUUACUAUUUUCUGAUUUUUUUAAAUGUCAGCUGCGAUUAUAUUAGUAAAUAGUGUAUCAUUUAUGCUAUGUGCUAUUUACCUUAGCUUGUUCUAAACCCAACUAAAAUUCCUUUUUCUUCCUGAA